CCCGGAUCCGACAAUUUUACCGAUAUAUCGUCUUUUACGUUAUUUGGGUUUCCUGAAAUUAAAGGUGAGAACCAGCUAGGCUGCUACGCCAUUGCCUUGUUGUUGCUUAAACCAAACUGACAAAAGGGCACGCUUUUAUUACCCAAAACCCUAAACCUUCCACCGAUAGAGACGACCUAGUACGAUGUCUGCCCUAGAAAUCGAAGCUCGAGAUGUGAUUAAAAUAGUUCUUCAGUUCUGCAAAGAGAACUCUCUGCAUCAAACAUUCCAAACACUGCAAAGCGAGUGCCAAGUAUCUCUAAAUACAGUGGACAGCCUUGAAACAUUUGUAGCUGAUAUCAACAGUGGUAGAUGGGAUGCAAUAUUGCCUCAAGUGGCACAACUUAAGCUUCCAAGAAAGAAACUGGAAGAUUUAUAUGAACAGGCAAACUCAGGCAAUGAGUGUCAUGAAACAAGAACAGCCAGAAAGAUAUUUAAGACUUUGAGCAUCUUCUUGUUAGAACUUAUUUUGAUCCCCAUGAGGCUUAUCAGGAAUCAACAAAAGAGAAAAGACGCGCACAAAUUGCUCAAUCUAUUGCGGGAGAAGUCUCUGUAG